AUGUCGUACCAUUCCCAGCCGGUCGCCGAAGAAGAGCUGGAGGACCACCGUCAGUUCGUGCUGUCUCUCUUGUCCGGUUCAGAGUUUAAGUCGGAGAAGGAAUACGACAGUCGUAUUCAGGCCGUUCGACGGGAGUUUAAGACCACGCUGUCAAAGCCACAGAUCGUGCGAGCCUACUACAGACUGUUGGAGCAAAACCAGAUCGCCAAGAACAGCUCCUUCGAGCGGAUCGCCACCAAGAAGUCGGUGCGCUCCAACUCCGGAGUCGUGGUGAUCACCAUUGUCACCGCUCCAGGGCGCUUCUCUUGUCCAAAUGACUGCUAUUAUUGCCCGGACGAGCCCGGACAGCCACGAAGCUACCUGAGUACCGAACCUGCAGUGGCCCGAGCCAACCAGAAUGAGUUCGACCCAGUCAGGCAGUUCUACGACCGAGCGGGCACUCUCGCGAAGCAGGGUCAUACUGUGGACAAGGUGGAGAUCAUCGUCCUUGGUGGUACUUGGUCUCACUAUCCACGGGAUUACCAGGAGGAGUUCUGCAGAGAUCUCUUCUAUGCGGCGAACACCUUUGACGAAGACCUCAGCAAGCUGGGUGAGCGAGGUGAGAAGGCCGCACGAGGACGUGAGCGGCAUUCCCUGCUUCAGGAGCAGCGGCUGAACGAGACCGCAGUGACGAAGAUCAUCGGCUUGACCUUGGAGACCAGGCCAGACCACAUCAGCCCCGCGGAGAUCCGGCGACUCCGCAGGUAUGGAUGCACACGAGUGCAGAUCGGUGUCCAGCACACGGACGACGAAAUCCUCAAAUACAUCAACCGUGGUCAUGAUCGAGCUGCUGCCGUGAAGGCCACGAGGCUUUUGAAGAUGUGUGGCUUCAAGGUGGACAUUCAUUUGAUGAAGGACUGGGCGAUGUUUCAGGAUGUGUCUCGUCACUUUUUGAGUGGGACAAGUGUGCUGGAGAACAGCACAUUGUGCUUCAUGGAGAUGAACUUCAGGACCUGGUACAAGGAGGGGAAGUACAUUCCCUACACGGAGAAGGACCCCAAGCUCCUCACCGAGCUAUUGGCUCGCGUCAAGGCACAGGUUCAUCCCUGGAUCAGAUUGAAUCGUGUCAUCCGUGACAUCCCCGAGGUGUCAAUUGUGGCUGGAAAUGCCCUGACGAAUCUGCGGCAGGCCAUCUUUGAAGUCCUGAAGUCUCGCGGGCAGUCCUGCCGAUGCAUUCGCUGCCGAGAGGUGCGGGAUUGGCCUGAGACCGCCGAGGGUCUUCGCCUCAAGGUGCGGGAGUAUAGAUCAUCAGGCGGCUGGGAGUACUUCAUUUCCAUCGAGGGCGGCCAUCGUGGCUUCGGUGGCGGCGCCACCCAGCGUGCGCUGGCUGGUGGGCAGAAGGCCACAAAGAAGGAGAAGAACCAGCGGAAGGCCCUGUCGGUAUCGUUCGGGGCGAUGUCCUUCGAGGCGGCACUUCGGGAUUCUGCCGCACAGGCGGACAUGAAGGCGGCAGCCAUGGCCAGUGCCAAUCUCAGCCGUGAGGAGCGGAAGCGGGCUGCAGCUGAAGCACUGGCAAAGCACCGGGAAGAGCUGCCCUCAGCCCCGCCGUUGCAGGAGCCCAGCCUUGAGGAUGAUGAUAAUGCGACCUUGUAUGGACUUCUGCGGCUGCGCUUCAACGAUGACACCAAGGCUCCAAGCCCGAUCUUCCCAGAGCUCAAUGGCUGUGCCCUGAUCCGCGAGCUGCACGUGUAUGGCACCUUAGUUGCCGCCGGCCGCGAGAAGAAGGGCAACGACGAUGAACGACCGCAGCACAUUGGACCUUCGGCUCAUUCAGCGUGCGGCCGCGCGCUGCGCAUCGGUAAGACUUUGAUGGGCACAGCAGAGUUGAUCGCCGCUGCACACAACUUCCGCAAGAUCUCAGUGAUCGCAGGGGUAGGCGUGCGGAACUACUACCGGCGUUUGGGCUACGUGCUGCGCAACUCGGUGGAGACAACGUGGACGACGUGA